AAGGACUCACCGGUCAACAGUCCAGUCUGCAGCCGACACCCAGGCCACCUGUCCCGGACUUCUGGCCGGACACGCACCGCUGAGAGAAACCGGAACCCUGUGAAACUAACGUGACUUUUAUUGGGAGAAAACGUUUUUUGUCUCAGGAACCUGACCCCGUGGAUUAACCGCACACGCUCUUAGGGCACAUUAACACCAGAUCAUCAGGACCCACCGGGUUUCGAUCAUUCAUUCACUCCUGUCUGAUCUCCGGUCAGCAAAUUCGCAGGAAUAAAAGAAGUCUUUGAAACCUUCGUGUCUCCUCCCGGGACAGACGGACACAUUUCCCCGCCAACAACGCGCUAUGAAGCGGCCGUGCGAGGACAGCAGCUCCGCGGAGAGCGAGGUAGAGGAGACCAUCGACGUGGGCAGCGAGAACAUUUAUCCGGGUUCAGCUAAACUGGAGAAGGCAGAAAUCCUCCAGAUGACUGUGGAUCACCUGAAGAUGCUGCAGGCCACAGGAGGAAAAGGUUAUUUCGACGCCCACGCUUUCGCCCUGGACUUCCUGUCUCUGGGCUUCAGGGAGUGCGUGACUGAGGUUUCCCGCUACCUGAGCGCUGUGGAGGGGCUCGACUCCGGCGACCCACUGCGCUCCCGCCUUCUCUCCCACCUCGCCUCCUGUGCCUCCCAGCGUGACGCCGCCGCCCUUACAACUGCCUCCCAUUCGUCACACCACCCCCACCCCCAGCAGCCCCACCCCCUGCCUCACCCGUUCCACCACCCGCACCAUUGGGCGGCUGCUUUGGCCGCAUUUCGUCCUUUGCCCUACAGACUUAGCGGGCUGGUUUCUCCGGACGUUGGAGGAGGCGGAGGCUCCCAGCGCGGUGUUGUCUCCUCCUCAUUUUCUUCCCAUGCAGACUCCACCUCCUCCUCACCUUCUUCCUCCUCUUCCUCAUCCCUCGUGCUCCCCUGCACCCCCACCCCUCUCUCCGCCUCCCUGCUUUCCCUCUCAGCGUCGUUUCCCAUCGCCCUCCACGGAGGCAUUCCCAUCCUCCCUCACUCCUCCUUCACCUCCUCUGCUGCCAGUCCCCCCGUCUCCUCCUCCUCUUCCUCGCAGACUCCACACAGCAGCAGCAGUAAACCCUACAGGCCGUGGGGAACCGAGGUCGGAGCUUUCUGA